AUGGACGUGUACGAUUGGACCCGAGAAAAGCUAGAGUUUUUAGUGAAAAAGCUAGAUAGUUCAGCCGUGGAUUCAGUGGAUAUGUUCUCAGAUGAGCCAGCGACAGCAUCGUCUGCACCAACUACUGGCUCAUCUAUCAUGGACGAUGAGGAGCAAAAGUGGGAGUACAAAGAAUCAGAAUCGGGUGAAAUUCAGGGGCCCUUUUCAUCAUCCGAAAUGGCUCGGCGCCAGCAAAAUGGGAAGUUAUCAAGUAGCGGCUUAGCCAGAAAAUGUGGAACUGCUUCUUUCAACCCCCCCCAUGGCUGGAUAUGGCCCACGGGAUUACGAUCACUUAUUCAAAUUGCUAAUAAUCGGGGACAGCGGAGUUGGAAAGAGUAG